AAUUCGUCUGAUUGCCACGCUUUGCACGCUUGUGCCCAUGACGUUAUCUUCAUGAGGUUUCACACCAGUUAAGAUACCAAAAUUCAAGAUUUACAAAAUUUCAGUGACGUUAUUUCCUUCUAUUAAGUAUUUUGGGUGGUUCACUUAUACAAAUAUAUAUUGAAUUCGUCUUCUCAUGAAAAGUAUGAGAUGAAGAACCAACAAGCAUCAUCGUUGGUAGCAAUCCAACAUACUAUUGAUCUGGAAAAGGAUGUUCAAACCGAUGGCAGGCCUUAUGAUACUUGGAAGGGAAUCUUUCCGUCAUUGCUACUGGAUUAAGAGAGCAGCAAUGUUUCAGCUACAGAAACCAACAAUAAUAUGGGUAAAAUUUGCGAGCAGGAUUCUUCGAACAUGCUAGACUUGAAGUAUUAUUGUGUUGCCACACUUGAGUACGAUUGGUUACUCAAAGCCAUGAGAAAUGUAUGGUCUGUCGUCCCUGUUACAUGGCUUUCUUCCAAAAAAGAAUUUCUGGUUUAUCCAAACCCCACGUACAAAGCUGGAGGAAAGCUUCCAUGUGAUUGGAAACCCAAGAUUUACAAACGACAUGCUCAUCCUCAAACAUCAUGGCUCGAAUAUGACAUAGUUGCAAUUCUCAAUUUGGACAAGCCUGUCAGACAUGCAAUCGCUUUUAAAGCAGCAAAGGCAGCUGCAAAUGGAUCGUCACAAGUAGCAAAUAUUUUACAAUCUGAUUCCGAAAAGUCAUUUGGACGAAAUAAACGCGCUCCUAAGCCGACAAAAGUAUUUGAUCCCAGUCAGCCAACCAAUGGACAAGAAAAGAAUUUAAUGGAAGAUGACGAACAACGUGUCAGCAAGAACACUAGAAAACUGCUGGAAGCAACAAAUGGAACAGCUGCUGAUGCACAACAUACCGAACUUGGUCAAGGAUCAAAUACAACCAAUGAAGUACCAAUGGCAAUCCAAGAAUAUACCAAUUCUCUGGCCAAUCCGGCCAUAAUUCAACGAGGCUUGAAUUUGGAACAAACUAACGACAACGCAGAUGAUAUGUGAUCACUUAAGCAUUUCAGAAGACCUACCCUGAUUUCUUACAUAGUUUUUGACAACAGUAGCUCUCAUUUUUAACCAUGUUUCUUUGAUGGAUUGUUGUCUUUCCUGCCAUCUUCUGGAAGGCUGAUCACCAGGAAUGUUUUCGAUAUUGACUGUGACUCGCAUGAUUGCAUCCUCUCUCAUUUGAGCAAUGACUGAUUGUAUUCUCUCGUAUUCUGAUUAAAAACAAUAGUUUCAUUAUUUCCUUCAAAUAAAUGUAAUUUGUUCAAGUUAAUUACCUUCAAUAUUAGCUGUGACAAUUCCAUCAUUACUUGUUGACUGUGUCUGUGCGAUGUGAUGCACAUGAUGAUCUUCCGUAUCUGAAAAAAGCGUUUGAAGUUGACACAGCACUAGAAAUACAUGAAGUAUUCGCACUUGUAA